AAUUUCCAAAACGAGAAACGCCGUCCAUAAGCCGAGAAACGUUACUAAGUCUCCCUUCCCAAAUGUUGUCGGAAGGGUGACUGAUGAAAAUGGCAGAAUCAUCCAAGCUUGAGAAUGAUUGCGACAUUGGUCUUUCAAGUGAUGUGGACUGGGAAUCAUCUAUGUUUCAAAAUGAAGACUGGGACUUUUUAACAUCUUGUCAUUUGGAAGGGGGUAGGAGGGGGAGACUAGGAAAGGUAACAGAGGGUGACAGGGACCAUCCAAUAGCUUUACAGGAUGCACCACAGCUAAAUAAGGAGGAAAUAAGCAAAGAUGAUCCCAGUGUACAUGACAUCCCAGAAUCUGAACAAGAACCUGCAACUGAAAUUGAUGGACCAUCUCAAAAUAUGCUACCAUCUCAAGAGUCAGGGUAUUAUUCACAGAGUGAGUGUGAAUCGGAUUCUUUGGUAGAAAAUUCAGAAAAGCAAUGCUUAACAUAUGCAGGUGAUCAUUGUGAUAUUGCCAGUCAUCAAAUAUGGCCUGCAAGAAGUAUUGAGUUGCCAGCAAUGAGAAAAGAAAGGGAAGACCACCAUGUGAACAAGAAAACAGAGAAAGACACAUUAAAAAUAAUAAAUGGAAAAAGAAAGGCAAAGAAAAAAGCAAAAAGAUAUAAGAAGAAAAAGAAAUGUAAGAAGAUUGUAGGCAGAGGUGUCCUGAAACUUCUAAAACCAGUUAUAAACAAAUAUUGCAAAAAAAAACAUUGCAGCUCUAGUAACCAUGCUUGCCAACUUAAGAUACUCAAAAAAGAAUUAGUAAAAUAUUUGGUACGAAAAGGACUUCGACAGAUUGAAAUAAAAAAGAAGCUCAUGCACUCUUUACUUAAACCAUUGAUCUUUUCAAGGAAGUGCUGGUCAGUAUUUCCAUUACUGGCAAAAUGUGAGGAGAAUUCUUCAAAUAACAUGGUGAAGGAAUGGAAUCGCUUAGCGUCAUUUUCCUGUCUAAAGUUUAAGAAUGUGUCAAGUUUGCGAUUAGCAAAACAUGGCUUUUUCUUUGUUAAAGAUAAGGGUAGAAUUGAGUGUUUUUCAUGCCACAAGAAUUACACUCAAAGAGAUCUUGAAAAUACAGUGGACUAUAAUUCCAAGUUGGAAACAACAUUCCAUGAAGAGUGGUGUUUGAUUGUUGGAAAUGUUCCUAUACAUCCAUCAAGUCUUGAAAUCCCAAAAGCUUUACCAUCUCGUCAUAAAAGGAUAUUUAAAGAUGGAGAUGGAAGAUUAAUUACCUGUAAAGGAUUCUGUGGUCCAAAUACUUUCUCUGUAGACCAAGGAAACAUGUUGAGAGAAUUUCCAGCUCUGGUUAAGGCAUAUGAAAGCUACAACCCUGGGAAUGAUCAGACUAAUCCAUUUUUGGAUAUACUGGAUAUGUUGAGGAAAGGAGGAAAGAAUUCUGCUUGGGGCAUGAGAGCCAUUCUUUUGAAGACUGGUGUUAUAACACAAGAUGAAACCACCAUUGAAUUAUGGAACUUUAAUAUCAUCAAAUUUGUGUGUCUUCUUAUGAAGAAAAAGAUCACAGUCAUAGGAAAAUGUGAUUGCAAAGAAAGACAGCUGAGGGAGGAAGAGCAAAUAUAUAUUUGUCCUUGUAGCUCCAAGCAUGAUAUCAAGGGCAUUCACUUUUUCCAACAGUGGAUCAACAGUUCACUUGAGAGUCGAUAUUUACCCAUAUGCCUUUCCUGCCACAAACAGAUCAGCUGGUCUUUUAUUCCUCCUCCACCAUGUCUAUUUAUAAACCUUUGGCACAUGGACAUAAGAAUGGAAUGUGUACCUCCAGAGAUCCACAUUCUAAAUCAGAUAUACAGAUUGGGUGCCAUCUAUAUUAAUGCAAAUAAGCAUUAUACUGUCUGGGUCAGGAGGCCUGAAGGAAUGACAUUUUAUGAUGACAGCAAUGUGGAUUCACAAGACAAGUACUCAGGAAGAUUUGAUUAUAGCAAGGAAUUUCCAGGACGUGGAAAACCAUGCUUGGCCUCUUACUACAGUGUACAUUGCUGAUAAUAAUAUUGUUGAUAAUUGAAAACAUUGGAAUAAAAUGCUAUUUAUUUAAUCACUUCUGUGCCACAUGGCCGAUUUUAAUCCGAUCGCACAGUUGCGUAGAGUGCCACGGGGCCAAUUUUGAACCUAUUUCAUUGAAAUGAAUUGUGGUUAUGUAUUUCUUUUACUUUUAUCUAACGUGAAUAAUCAUUUAGCCUCAGUAAGUUUUAUAUUCCAUAAUAUUGGAGAUUUCAUGAUUUAUUUGUAGAAUAACUUGAAAAUUUCUGGCAAAUAUUAAUGAAAUAAAAUUCAUGGC